AUGUACUGCGAGGGUACAACACCUGGAAACCUCAGCAACCAGUGGGGUAAGUGGAUUGCCAUGCGCUAUGUCAACCUGUGGCUCGAGAGCCAGGAAACGUUUGUGCGCCGCUUCCGAGAGUUUCCUCAGUUCAUGUGCGCCGUCGAAGGCAACCCAACCUGCAUGCUCUUUGUUGCAUUCGUGUAUGCUUAUCUUAACCUGGCAGACGGUAUGGAGAAGGUCUACUUUCUUUUCCUUCUGGAUCAGACUGAGGCUCAUCGGGAGCUCAACAUUUGA